AAUAACGCUGAACAUCACACAUCAGAUUGGCACUGGGCUGGUAUUCAUAAAAAUGGCAUGUUCAUUCGCGCCUGUUAUCGUUACUGGGUUUCAUUACCAUUGGGUAUAUCGGGUCGCUCCGUUUCUCGGUUCUCUACUGGGAACUGCUUUUGACAAUAUCCUGAAAUGGUCUGAAUCGUCCAUGCAGGAGAAGGAUUCGCCGUAUCUGCUUGCUAAAUCAUUGAGUGACACCGAGAACCCUUUGCCUAACAGAGAUGCUGCGGGAAGGAGUGCGGGAAGUGUAGGGAUACGCAAACUGUAGAGUUUGAUCGAAACAGCAAGGCUUAUCUUUUCGGAAUAGAGUAUAAGUAUCAGCUAAAUGUACCAAUGUGUAUAACUUCCAUACGCAGGGCGUAAACAGUGUCUUCCAUCGAUGUACAGAUAUAUGGCGGUUUGUAUUUUAUUUAAAGAAUU